AUGGCGACAGAAGACGACCGCUACCGGCAGUCCAGCCAGUUUAGGCUCUGGUCAUUCACGCCAGCCAACCUACAAGAGCUACGCGCAAAGACGAAUUCGCUCGCUCGAGAACAGAUCGCUCCUCGACUUGCGACAGAUCCUCCUCCCGACUUCCUUACCCCCGAUGAAGAAAUUCGUCUCGUCAAGUUCUUUACCGUUGAGCUUAUUCGCGCGGCUCAAUUUUGCGAACUUCCUACCGAGAUUCGAGCCACCGCCGCCAUCUUUCUGCGACGAUUCUACGUGACCAACUCGGUCAUGACAUACCCAGCGACCGACCUUCUCAAGACAUCACUGUUUUUCGGUUGCAAAGCGGAGGGUUUCUUUUACAAACUCGAUGCUUUUUCAGAAAAGUUUCCAAACACAACAGGCGAACAGAUUCUUGCAGGAGAAUUUCUACUAUGCCAGGGAAUUCGCUUCGCGUUCGACGUGCGACAUCCGUUCAGAGCGCUCGAGGGUGCUAUUCUGGAACUCAGACGAAGACUUCCUGACGAAGAGACGCGAAUCAACAAGGCACACGCUCGAGCCCGUGAUAUCCUCAAGUUCAGUCCUCUGGUGACGGAUGCCUAUUUUCACUAUGCGCCUAGUCAAAUUAUGAUGGCAUCGCUUUCCAUUGUUGAUCAUGGACUGCUCGACAUCUUGAUCCCGUCUCCUGGCCAAGGCGAGAAUGCUAGUCAAGAAUCAGUCUUUGCCAACAUGCGGGACAAGAUCCUUGGGGCUGUUGAUAGCUGUCGCAAGAUGCUCGAGGAGGAACCACCAGAGAGGAUGACGGAUUACUGGGGAACGCCCGAGAUCGUCAAGGCGAUGAAACCCCUUCGAAAGAAACUCCAAAAAUGCCGUGACCCCGAUCGAGCGAAUCUUGUCAAUCUUCAACGAGCGAGGCGAGAACAAGUGAUGAACAAAGAAAAGAAAGCAGAGGCAGGCGAGGACGGAGCGGUAUUUGGGGAUGAUUCAAGAGAAACAAAAAGGGUGAAGCUCGAGAAUGCAGAUCCUUUUGGCCCUCCUCUAUGA